AUGAAUGAUCAAAUAAGCUCUUUGAACUCACAGAAAGAGGCCACAUUCGAAGAAGAGCAAUAUGUUGAGGAAGAAGAUGAAGAUUUCAAUCCCGAUGACGAGAACCCGCAGAUGAGUAGCGAUGAAGGUGAAGAUGGUGAUGAGGAUGACGGUAAGGCACCUAAAAGAGAACAGAGAAAGAGGGUUAAAAAUGAUGUAGACUACUCCCAAAUAGAAAGCGAAAGUGGUGGACUCAUCAAAACGAGAAGAGGGAGAUUAUUGCAACAAGAGCUUGACAGGAAGAGAAAAUAUGAAACUAUGGAGAAGACUGAAAUUUCUGAUACAAUCAAGGGUGUUUGGGAAGAUCUUCAAAGUAUGAGUGAUAAAAGACUCGGCAUGCAGGGCUCUGUGGGUUCAAUUCUGGCUGAUGAUGACUCGACAGCACGAACAAACUCUGCCUCAAAUGCGGAAGAGGAAACUAUUUUAAUAAAAAGAGAUUACAUUUUCGCUGGAGAGCGGAUACAUGAGGAAAAGCUUGUGCCAAAAUCCAGUGCUGAGGCUCAGGAGUAUUUGAAUAGUACCAAAUUUGAUGCUAAAGAAGAAGCGGGUGGUAAAGGGUCAAAAACAGAAUCGAAUGUUGGUCAAGAGGACGAUCAUGUUUCAGAGACUAAGAGCUCAAAAUUCCAUAUAUCUAAAGAAAAUUUAGCGAGGCUGCGAAGGCCACUCAAGAGGCCUCCUAUUCUGGAGCAGAUCAUAGCGGGAUCAUUGAAACCGAAAUUGACAACUUUAGAAAAGUCCAGUCUCGAUUGGGCAACUUAUGUUGAUAAAGAGAACAUCAACGAUGAACUGACCUUACACAACAAGGACGGUUACUUGGCUCGCCAAGAUUUCCUGAACAAGGUGGAACACUUCAAAGACAAUCAGUAUAAGGAACUAAGACAGAAACAGCUCGCAUUGCAAGCUCAGCAAAACCAAUAG